AUGGCGAUAGAUGCGAAGAUUCUAAAGUACGGCGACGAGUCGGCUCGCCAGGUGGUGAAGAAGUACCACAUCACCAGUUCUAGAGCGCCGUCCUGUGGCAGGAGGGCAAACUUGGUCAUGAUCCACGGUGGCGCAUGGCGGGACCCGAACAAUACGUGUGCGGACUUCGACCAGUUUGCAGAGUACUUUGACGAGUUCUGCAACAAUGCGGGCGGCGAGGUUGUGGUGUACAGCGUCGACUACGAGCUGUCGAGCGAACAAAGAGGGCGGUUCCCGGACGUCAUUGUCGAGGUGCUUAGGGCGCUGGACACGGUGCGCAGAGACGCUGGUGAUGCGGCCGACUUCUGCGUGUGCGGGCACUCUGUCGGGUGCACGUUCAUCACCCAGCUCUUCGAGCAUGCCCGGAUCCUGGAGGCGGCAGACGCCCCGCCGGCGCUGCGGGCGGCUGCUGCCGAGCUGCAGCUGCCCAGGAUCACGCGGGCGGUGUUCCUCGACGGGAUCUACGACAUCGCGGCGCUGCUCCAGGAGUACCCGAGCUACGCGUUCUUUGUGCGGGACGAGUUUGGCACCGAGCAGCGGGCGGUGGAGCUGUGCAACUCCGUGGGUCGGCCCGGGUGUCCGCCUGUGUACGCCACGCUCGAGCGGGUGCUCGUGGUCCACAGCCGGGGCGACGAACUGCUCUCGCUGAGACAGCCCGACACGUUUGUGCGCUGGCUAGACGCCGCCGGCGUGGCCAGCGGCCGCGUCGAGAAGGUGUACGCGGACUUCGGUCUGCACAACCACGUCUACGUCAACAAGACCGUUGCCGAGCUCGUCUACAAGACUGUGUAA